AAAUCACAAAACACAAAACACAAAAAUCCAGCUUACAUUUUGUCCCCAACUCGAAAAUAAAAUAAGGUGUUGGGUCCUACAUGGAUCGGAACACAAAACAAGAAAACCAAACAUCACCGUACAAAACAAAAUCAGGUCCGUUGAAUAAUAAUAAGCCCUUGAUAAAUUCGUCACCCUCUCUUUUGUUUUAAUUUUCUUUCCUAAAAACCAUAUCUUCUCUGUUUACUUGUCAAUAAAACAAAAAAGGGGGCCUCUCUCUUCUCACCUCAAUAUUAUUUGUGUGGAAAUAGGGUGAGGGGAUAAUAAACGUUUCUUGCUUAUGCCUACAGCGACAACCAACACCCAAGAUCAACUCUUACGCUAUCAACUCUCUCUCUCUCUCUCUCUCUCUCUCUCUUUUCCCCUUUUUAGCUCUUUUUUUGUUAAAAGAAUAAGAAAGAUAGUAAGAUUUUUCCUUUAAUUUCAUGUCUGUCUGUAUUUUAAUUUGGAUUAGUUAUUGAAAGUUGUAUAUGGAAGUUAAGCAGCAGAAGAUGGAGGGAAUUCUUGAGGGAUUUUCACCUGUUUCAUCUACUCCUGUUUUAUGGAAGUCUAGGAAGCGAUCUGCUAGUGUGAAGAACUUGGAAAACCAAGUCACUGAUAAAGCUGAGGAAACACCUCAAAAGCAAGAAGAGUCUCCCACUGAUGAAAAGAUGCAGGAAUCUCAGCCCUCAACUGAACUUUCUGAGCGUAGAAAGGCGCUAUUUGAACCAUUGGAACCGGUUACGAAUGCCAAUGGUCGAAGGCCAUCAGCUGAAACUUUACUACCCCCACCAGACUUUGACGCUGCAUGCUACCCCAAAGGUUGGCUUGCUGGAAAGAGACGUAAGCUUGUCAAUGUGGAUGUGGUUGAAAGUAUGCGAAGAAUCGCUCUGCAGGAAAUGAACAGAAAGGAUCGCGAAAUUGAUGGUCUGAACGAGCAGUUAGAAGCAGAUGCUCAAUGCCUGGAACAUCUGCAAAUACAGCUGCUAGAAGAAAGAAGCAAGCGUGCCGAUGUAGAAAGGCAAAAUGCAAUGCUGCAAAGCCAGAUAAAUGUGCUUAUGAACAUGAUUCAGGAGAACGAUGACAUUGAUAAUGAUGGUACAGAUGAUUCUUAAUUGGUUUGCUUCUUUAUUUUUUGUAGAUUUCGUUAGACGAUAAUAGGGCAGAUAUAGAAGAAGGUAUGUAAAAUAGAGCGAAUGCUGGCAGAGUAUUCGCAAAUAUCAGUUACUGUUUAAAAGCACCACUCCGUCUCCGUGUGUAAAAUGUUAGUAUGUUGGCACUUCCUUUUAUUUGCUCUAUUUGUGUAAUGGGCAACUUUCUUAUAUUUGGCCUUCCA